CCAUCUUGUUUCCAAGUAUUGAUCAACGCAUAGAGCAUUGCAUUUAGAAAGCCUCUUUCUCUGUUUACUGUCGUUUACCUCCUUCUUUUAAGCCAUCAUGGACUCAUUCACCACAUACCCGAUACCAGACGGCGUCUAUGCUAUUCCUCACGAUGAGCUGGAUCUUCGGUCGGAUGCCGAAGUAGAUUACGAGCUUCUUAAUCCCAAACCUGUAACGGACGAGAAGAAUCUUUGGUUUUUUUGGAAUAGCGGAUUCCAGAAAAUGCACGGCUACCAUCAACGCACUGUACGAAACUGGCACAGGAGAUUUUCCAAGAAGGGAUGGGUUGUGCGCGUCAUGAAUGUUGAGCCGGGCUCCUCUCUGAACGUGGCAAAUUAUCUCGACGUACAAGAUCCGGAUGUGUUUCCAAAGGCCUUCACAGAUGGCACCAUCGGCGGCCAUCACGUGAAUCAGCACAUAUCAGAUCUUGUAAGGUUCCCCUUACUAUUGAAGUACGGCGGCGUCUAUGCAGACGUGGGCUUGGUUCAGAUUGGAGACCUCGACAGCGUAUGGAACGAAACUGUCGGCAAUCCAAGCUCUCCAUAUGAGAUUUUAACAUAUAAUACUGGUAGCGCCGAAGAUCGGAGCAUGACAAACUACUUCCUGGCUUCGGGACGAAAUAAUCCUUUCUUUCUUAGGUGCCAUAAGCUGUUACUGACGCUAUGGGCGGGGAAGACAAGUACUGAAGGAAUGCAUGCAAGUCCCUUGCUGAAAGGACUCCCUCUAAUGGACACCGGGCUUUCGAUGGAAGAGAAUGGCAUCACAUAUGGACGUGAAGAGACUGCAAAGAUGUUGACGGACUAUAUCAUUCAGGGCCAUGUCAUCACCAUGCUUAUGGGCCUUAUUGAUGUUGAGGGUGGCUGGAAUGGCCCUAAAUACGUAGCAGAGCACGUUUACGCAUACGAUUUUAUGAUUGGAUCCCAGCUGAUUAACGAAAUUACCGCUUGGAACGGCCCGAAGCAAUUCGAACUCAUGUCUUUACAUGUUCCGAAGGGCGAUGAAAAAGAAAGCGACGAUCAAAAGCUUGCGCGCAAGAUCGUCGAAGAUUGCUUAACCAAAAGCUUUGGUAUGAAGUUAGCAACUGGAAUGAUUGUUAGAGUCAUGGGAGAUACUUUGAGCUCUCUUUGGAAGAAACACGAUGGUAGCGACAACGCUCCUGGCACAUACGCCCACUGGCUGAGAUACGGUACUCUAUACUGGUGUCCUAAAAAUCACCCUGCAAAAACGGAUUUCAAAGAGAUGCCAGCAUUCAAGAUUGGAAGUCUACUGCUAGAAGGAGAGGUUGGCCCUGGGGCUUGUGCGACAACAAGUGGAAUUCGCGUACCAAAUUAAGGAUCUUAGAGUUGCAAAUCAAUAAUUGAUCAACGACAUAUCUUCUAAUAUUCGCGCGUAUGGUGUGUUUCGCCCCUAGAUUGGCUGAUUUGGGAUGAAAUAUAUGUGAUGAAUUAUAGGCAUAUGACGUGGCGGAAAGUUUGGUGUAACAACGAUUCAUAUUCAUAGACUUGAGAAUUCACACAAAAUUUAAUGCAAAUAUUACAGUACGUU